AUGCCUCCCGCUGCGUUGAUGCCUCUCUCGCAUGUGUUCUCUGUCGGGAAAGAGUCCCUUACUGCGUGGAAGCAGGGCUCGGCAUGCGAGCAAGCCGGAUGUACUCUCAGGAGACUGCUGGCAAAAGCACCGUCGUGGUUGGCUAAGGGGGCCAGCGAACUGUCCUACUGGCUUUGGCAGGCAUCUGGUGCGGCGUAUCUACUUGAAAUCGUCCUGGGAGCUAUGAAAAUUAUGGCCAUUGGAGUGGGCGCGGUUCUCAUAACCUCUUGGAUUCUCUUAAUUGCCACCAGGAUCGUUCUCUUGAUCGCCAGGGUACGCAGAAAACGAAGAAGAGAGCCUCCUUGGUACACGCCCGCGCCGCGAGGACUUUCUGGUGAAACACCGCAUCGGCACACAUUUUCAGCGGCGUCAUUUAACUCGGGCGGUUUCGCAAGCUUCAGGACAUCGCUAGAAAAGCCUGAUGUAGAAAACAAUGGCUGCCCGACGCACACCCUACCUUGA